GUCAACUUCCUUUUCGACAUCCCGAUCGAGAGAGACGCGAUGGGUCAUCAGCAGCUCUACUGGAGUCACCCUAGAAAAUUCGGCCAGGGAUCCCGUUCCUGCCGGGUAUGCUCAAACAGACACGGUCUGAUCCGCAAGUAUGGACUGAACAUGUGCCGCCAGUGCUUCAGGCAGUACGCUAAAGAUAUCGGCUUUGUGAAGCUGGAUUAAAGGAGUGAACAACUGAACUUCAACGAUGCAGAGUCAACAUCCUCCCAGGCGACUAACAUGACAUCAUGAAGUUAUUUUGGAAAAAUCCAAUAAAUACUGUUUGUUUUCCUGUUCAAAAUAA